AUGGCCGACUAUGGAACUUUGCAAGAGGAACUUAUGAAAUGUCGAGAAGAAAUGAACGAAGUACAGUUGAAUGCCGCUGAUCUUAAAGAUCGCGUGCGCCAUUUGGAGCAAGACAGACAAACUCUUAAAAGGCAGCGAGACGGUGCGUUCACUGCGAGACGCGAAGCAAUACUGGACCGCGAUAAAGCUUUCUUAGAACGCGAUCAAGCUUUCAGGAAAUGUAAUGAAAUAAAAGAGAGACAAGAUGCUGCAAUCGAAGAAAAGAUUUUACAAUUAAAGAAUUUUGAUGAAAUUGUGGCCAGAUGUGACGUCAUGGAGGAAGAGAUAAACCACGUUAAAAUGAAGUAUCGACAAACUUUGCGACAACUUCAUGAAAUGAAAGGAAAGUACGGGAUCGAAGAGGAUCAACUGAAUGAAAUCAGCAGAGACAAAGAACAAAGUGUGAUAUCCCAAUGUGAAAUAAACAUCACGAAUGAUUUAAAAAAGGAAGCACAGGGUAAUUUACCCGUCGAAAGCGGAAACACCAAACGAUCUUCAUCUAAUACCAUAGUUGAAAGCAUCAAACGUCGCGUGACGUCACCGUCUACUCUCUUUGGUAAUCCUGACCCACCAAAUUUUCCCACAUCCCCUGUUUACAUGGGUAGUUCCCUACCCCGUACCGAGCAUAUGGUCUACCCUUUUCUCCACUCGCACCGCUCCCCCACAAGCCCUCUAAGGGACGCAACUUCAAAAGAGGGAGGACUGGAUCGUAAAGGUUUAACGCGCAUGCCCAUUAAGAUGAAACAAAACGGUCGUGACGACACCGUAUCCAGAUGGUCAAGUAAUGAAAGUUUAGGUCAAUCUUCAACUUUGACCGAAGAACACACUGAAGAAGCGACCUUUACCACGAGCUCCGCUACGAUUAUGCAUAACGGGGAACAUGAAAGGGUACAAAGAGUAAAUGGGGAUGAAAAUGAGUCCGAUGUAUUUCUCAAGCAACUCUCAAGAAAAACUGCAACUUCCAUUGAUGGCGGCUUUCUUGCAAAAACUUCAUGUAGUAAUUUGCGUUGACGCAUUCCCGAGCCACGCAGCACACCCGCGAGAAGCGUGUGGUAAAAUAAAGAGAUCUUAACGACAGAAAACAAGAGUAUAUACAAUAUACAGUCCCUUUUAAAUACAAUUAAUAUUUCUCAUUAGAUACAUUAUUAGCCAUAAGUAAACAAACUUAAUUAUUUCAAAAAUCGAAAACAACAA